AUGUUGAUAUUGUUCAUCUUUGACGGUGCCAAUGACCUGGGAUCUUCUCGACUCCGGGGCCCGGUCAUCGACCUGCAGUUCGAAGGUUUAUCUGUUUCCUUCACCUGCCUGCAGAGCUCGCCUGCCCCUGCUCGCAUUCACCCCAAAGAGGGGAGGGUGCAGAUGUGCUCGCUUUUUCCCACGCUGCCCUGGCGGAGGUGUGAAUUAAAGGGAUCAAAUCUCGGCGCACAGGAUCACAAUGGUUCCUAA